GGUCUUGGUCUCAACAAUAGCCCCUCUGAGAUUUCCCAUGAGCCUCCGCGCUUCAUGCCGCUGUGAGCGUGUCUGAAUCAACACUGAUGUUGUUUGUAAAUAAUCCGAGAUUUUAAAAGAUGUCUGAGCUGUUUAUGGAGUGUGAAGAGGAGGAGUUGGAGCCAUGGCAGAAGACAGUCCCAGAAAUCAAUCUGAUAGAUCUCGAUGACGAUGACGAUGAUGAUGAACCAAUAUUUGUCGGUGAAAUCUGUAGCUCCAAGCCUGCGGCCAACACAAGACAAGGUGCUGUUAACCAACAGAACCAGCGAAAUGUCCCGGUUCAAAAACCUUCAACGUUGGCAUCAUCACAAAAGCCUCCGCAAGCUCCGCCGAACCCCGCUAGGGUGGCUACAGGUCCUACUAUCAUGGUCAGAGGUGCUGCCCCGUCAGGAGGAAAUCCUAUCCUCAUCCCUAUCAAUGCAACUCUAGGACCUCAAACGGCCCCUCAACCCAUCAUUAUUAACAAUCAGGGUUACAUUGUGGCAUCACCACAGAACCUCAACAGCAGCACCUCUUUCAUCAGCUCUUUGGGGUCACAGUAUCCACCAGGAACCACUCUCACAGUUGUGCCAGCAGCAGGUCAGCAGAUAUUGUCGCAAGUCGCUGUCACACCAAAGCCGGGGGUCAUUCAUAGGCCUCAAGUGCAGCAUAUCCAGGACAAUGUGGUGACCUUGUCCAAUGUACAAGCCCCAGCUAACCUUUCUUCUCAGUCCCACACUACUUUAGGAUCUCAAAACACAACAGGCAUCAUAUCAGCAACACUAGCUAAACAAAAAAAUGUAUCCCUGCAGACUAUGAACAGCAAAGAUAAUGGCACAAUGAUAAAUGACACAAACAACGGUGGGUCCAAAGGAGGUAAGCUUGACAUGGCUGGAGAAAAUGAUUUCCCCUUCAAAAAGAAAUGUCCCAGGUGUCCGAAUGUGUUUGGCUUUCAGCCUUUAAAAAAUCAUAUGAAGCUGUGCUGCCCUGAGUUAUUAGACUCUGUGUUCCCCUCAACAUCGAAGCCUGACAAACAAGCCAGUGCACCGAAAGUCUAUGAGUCUGACAAAGGCAAACUCAUCAUGCUGGUUUCAGACUUCUACUACGGGAAAUGUGAAGGGGAUCCAUCUCUGAUUCUCAAAUUCAAGUCCAACACCACCUUCAAGUGCAACAGCUGUUUAAAAAUGCUCAAGAACAAUAUCAGGUUCAUGAACCACAUGAAACAUCACCUCGAGUUGGAGAAGCAGAACAGCGAGAGCUGGGAGAGUCACACUACAUGUCAGCAUUGUUACCGACAGUAUUCAACUCCUUUUCAACUGCAGUGUCACAUAGAGAGCGCCCACAGUCCCUUCGAGUCCACCACCAACUGUAAAAUAUGUGAAUUGGCUUUUGAGACGGAGCAAGUGCUUCUGGAGCACAUGAGGGACAAUCACAAACCUGGAGAGAUGCCCUAUGCCUGUCAGGUUUGCAACUACAGGUCCUCCUUCUUUUCUGAUGUGGAUAACCAUUUCCGCACAGUUCAUGAAAACACUAAAGACCUGCUUUGUCCCUUUUGCCUGAAAGUCCUUCGCAGUGGCCAUAUGUACAUGCAACACUACAUGAGACAUCAAAAAAAAGGGAUUCAAAGAUGUGGAAAGUGCCGACUAAAUUUCCUCACCUAUAAGGAAAAAGUGGAACACAAGACACACUUCCAUCGAACCUAUAGGAAGCCUAGAAAACUUGAAGGACUGCCUCCAGGAACCAAGGUGACGAUUCGGGCCUCGGUUUCUGGUGCGCCAAUGGGUUCUGAAACUUCAAGCAAAGCCUACAUCGUACCCACAAGUCCUGAAACGACCAAACAACCUGUUAGAAUAGUAGCAAACACAACCAAACCAAACGUAAAUGGAGGAAAGGCAAAGACCACAAACCAAUUCAGCUGGAACCGAAGCAACCAAAAUAAUGAGCUUAAAAGUUUGAAACUUCCAAGUGGAGGAAAUAGGUGUGUUGAGUGUCUCUCAGAGGUUAUGGACCCUUAUGUUCAUUAUCCUUUAUUGCUGAGAUGCAAUAUAUGCAAGUUCAGAUCGAGUUGCCAGAAAGCCUUCAGACAGCAUAUGUUCAGGUUUCACAACAAUUCUUCUAAAGUACGGUUUGGGAAGGUGAGGAAGGCUCCACGUGGAUUGCGGAGUCUAACGCUGGUGUGUCUCAAGUGUGACUUUCUGGCAGACGCCUCUGGCGCUGACCAGAUGACCGAACAUUUGCUCAACAGGCCGAACCAUUCCUGCCAGGUCAUCAUGGAGCCAGUUUCCAAUGGAGGAUCAGAAAUGAACAGGUCAAUGGAGACCCACGCUAACUCCAAACAACUCCUCCUCAUUAAACCUGAUACUGAGGCUAGAGAUGAAACCGAACCCAUUCAGAUCAGUGAUGUACAAGCUAUACCAAACAAGGAAAACAUAAAGGAGGAUGGGUCAGAGGUUCUUGGAGCUGACAAAUGUGACCCAGACGAGGUGAAGGAUGACACAGUGGAGGCUGCAACCAAUGAUGUGUCAGUAGAGGAAUCACCCAAGAGCCUUCCCUCUCACUCACCCGUCAGCCCCCUUUCUGCCCUCACAGAUGAAGGUGGCGUAACUCCCUCGGAUUUUCUUUGUAAAACUGAUGGAAUAGAGUCUAUGAACACUGACUCGCAACUGGAACCUCUCACUCCAUCCAAGGUCCUUGAGGAUGACGCCACUGAGAACUCCCAAGUGGAGAUGGAUGGUUAACUGCAACCCGGAACAAACAGAACCGAGGAUCUCUUAAAGCAUCGCAAGACUCUAGAGGCAGCAGAGUUUCUUGCUGACUCAUUCUCCCUCCUUUUUAAAAAAAAAAAAAACAAGCAUUAAUAGGAGCUCUUUUUCUGACUCCAAAAUGAAAUGAAAGCAUACUGUGCUAAAACAUGACUUUGAAAUCUUAUACUAUAUGAGUACAUUAUUUCUGUACUUAUGUAAGGUUUGUAAAGAAGCACCCUCUAGAUUGAAAUUGGGUUGCAAAGGCAGCAAUGUGAAUGUUCUUCGAUACUUAUGAUUGUUUUGAAGUCCGUCUGUCCACAUUUGUGGUGUCUGUUUGGACUCUACUGAUGAUCACAAAGCAGAGACAUAACAGUAUCCGACUUGGAGCUUAUUCCCACAUCUGCCUUUUCGAGUGGUGGUUUUCAUAGGAUAAAGAACAAGUACAACGGUUUCUCAGUAUACUGUAUUUAGGAAUGAUAAAAUGCGUCCUGAUAUUUUUUUUUUUUUUUAGAUUGUGUUUAAUGUAUUGUUAUAUGUACUUUAUCUGGAUAGGACCCUGCAUUGGGAAUCAUUUCUCAUAAUCAGACUGAAAGCAUUGUAGAAAUCUCAUUAAUUUGUCUUAAUCAGUAAUAAACUUUUAUAACAUA